GAGAAAUCUCCUAGGUUCUCUAUCUUGACCACACGUCAUAUGAUCCGUGUUAUUCCUUUUAAGAAGAGUUAGGAACUAGAAUAAGAGACACCGGCCGUCUUGAAAUCCAUUUAGCUUUGAGCGAUGGCAAUACCAGGCUUUCAAAAUAAAUUUAAGGAUAUUACUCGUGGAUCUGACCUUUUAUUGCGAUGGGAGGCCAAUGCGACCGACUACCCCCUUGUACUCUACUCCAGACUCAUCAAUCAGACGGGCGAAUUUGGAGCGAAUUCGUUAGAAGUUAACAUCACAAUUGGACUUAAUGCCACAUCGUUUCUCUGGGAAAGCAUUCCAUAUCCACUCCCGUAUCUUGAGACAGCCAAAUACGAGAUAGAGGUGUGGCCUCAGAACCAAGUAAGAUCGAAGAUUUCAGCACUGGCUAUUGCAUCUUCGUCCUACUUCACCGUUGCCAAAUCGGAUGGGGAAGAAACCGUGGAUGACCCGAUAAAUCCCUUCGACGGAACGACGAUACUACCGUCAAGGCCCACCAACCAACCAACUUCCAACAACGGAGUCAAUAACAACACCGCAAUUGCUGCUGGACUUCUCGUACCAGUCUUCGUCAUACUUGCUGUCUUGGGAUUCGUAUGGAUGCAACGACGACAGAGGAAAACCAUCGAAGAGAAGAGGAAGCAGAGGGAAGAACUCUGCAUCGAUUAGAUAUAAGAUUCUAUUAAUACGAGAGGGACAGCUUCUUGGCAAGGCACAUCCUCUGAUGCCGCUAAGAGACGGCAUAUUAAAGCUGGCGAGGCGAGAGGGAGUCUUUAUGGGAAGUGUACAGUCGAAUUUAUAGCCUCCGGGGAUAGUCGAAGGGCACUGAAAUAACUGGAGCUGAGAUAACUAACAGUAGGUACCAAUUCCACAACGACAGAAAAGAGGUGUUCAAUCGAAUAUCCGCUUUCUCGUAAAAAACUGCACGAGGAUAUCGCGGUGAGUAUGGGGAGGGCCGUGCGCCGCCAGCACCAUUAUAGUAUCAAGGCGAGAUGAGCAGGACGCGCGAUUACCGUUAGAGGUUGAUUCCGCAAUCUCAAUGGACCGAGUCUGACGCCUAGGGAAUCACAUAAGUUCGUUUGACAGGAAUCAUGAGAGUACAUGGUAAUUAAAAGGAUCGCAUGGCACUAUAGAUUUGCGG